UAUUUAAAUGUUCACAGAAUAAUUUUAUAAACAUGCAUUUAUCUGGUGAAAAUGGCACUAUUUUUAGAAGAGCGGAGGAACGUUUUGUUGAUGUUUGGUGUUGAAGGGCACAAUUCGCAAGGCGGGUAAGCGUAAACAUAUCGCACCUGUGAGAUGCGAUACGUUGAUACUGCUGUGUAAAGUAGUCAGAUUCCAUUAUUACAACCAUAUACUGAGUUGGGAAUGAAAGACGUCCACAGAAUGCCUAAACAGGGAAAACAUGACAAAAUGGAGUGGGAGAGUCCACCAAAGGCAAAAGAAACACAAUCGUAUUUUAACCCGGAUGAAGUAGACUUAUAUAAAUUUGAUAAAGAGAAAAAAGGAUGGAGAGGACCUAUUUUAACUCCAACAACCUUGAGCAAGUUCAAAACCCAGGGACGUUCAUUUGAAAAGGUGACCAAAUUGAUGAAGAACAAAGAAAAACAGACAGAGUUGCAAAAAACUGCCAAAAUAGAAGUAAAUAAAGAGGCAUUGGAUGGCAAUUACUCUGACGAUUUCUCAGAUGAAGACAAUGGAGAGGGAGACAAUGUCAGCGUUGUGACAAAAGAAGCCUUGAAACAGCCCCCAGUGGUUGAGAGACCCUUUUCCAGCCUAGCCAAGGACAGUCCAGCAAGAUACACCAACUGGUCUGGACCCAGCAAAGUGAACAUUAAUAAAUUAAAACAAGACUUUCAAUGGAUCCGACCAGCAGGUGGAAAUGGUGACAGUUUCACGUCUCCGUCACAGCAACUAAUCCGCAUGGGAAAAGUUAUGGAGGAGAAAGAAAAGGAAAUUGAAACACUUAGGAACCAAUUGCUUAAAGCUCACCAAGACAAUUAUAAGCUCAUUCAACAGUUACAAAAUUUUCAUGGUGACCACUAUGAGCAACUCAAAGUAGACAAUGCCAAAUUGAAAAAUCAGUCUCAGAGGCUGCAGCAUGAAAAUGUCAAACUCAUAGGCCUUCUUAGGCAACAGGGCAACAAAGUUUUAAACAAACUGGAAUACGAGAGGGAAAUGGAAGAAAUACAUGGAUUUAAGCCCAAAAACUGCAAUUCCUGGAAAAUGACUAAAAUAUCUAAAACAAAGACUGCUUCAUUUAAUUCACCUAGAAAGAGGAGUGUCAGUUUUGGAAAUACUCAGGUGAAAGCUUCCAGUGAAUGUAGCUAUGGUGGAGAGAGUUUUGAAGACUUGGACUCGAGGGAUGUUACUGAAGACAAAACUACUCAAAUUGGACAAUCUGAAACACAUUAGUUGCUAGAUGUUGGUACUUGAUGUGAAAAAAAGGAAUGUGUAAAAAUUGAAUCUUGCUAGUACCAUUACUAUUAUUAUACUUGUCCUUCUUUAGGUGGAUGUUAGGAUGGUAUCUUUCACUUCACCGCUGCCAAAGGCUUUCUAGUAAAAGUCAUUUUUGGCCCGUGAGCUGCCAUUUAUGUACUGCUUAAAUGCUGUGAUAUAUUUGAAUUUUGCAAGCAUACUUUUUAAUUGUCAAAUUUCUUUUAACAUUGGUUGACAGCUUAACUGUGAUAUUCAAGUUACCAAAGACCAUAUGCAAUACAAAUAUUCAAAUUGAAACAUUGCUUGCUUUAAGGAGGAAGGCAAAAGUAAAGAUGACAUUCCUACUUUUUUUAGAAAAACCAAAUUAUCAAAAGGGGCAUUGUGACACAAGUGUAAUAUUCUUAUUGUUGGAAUAUAACUAUAAGGAAGGUUUGACAUUUAAAAAUGCAUGUUUAUUUUGGUUGUUUACUUUCCUUGUCAUAAGAUGACCUGUAUUCACCGUAAUUAUGAUAUUGCAACAACCUUUGUCCUUUUCUCUAUACCUGACUAACUGUAAAACUUCUUAUUAAACAAUGUAUAAAUUUACUUUCAAAUUUAAAUUACAUAAAUUAAAGACACAAAGGGUGUCUUUUGAUCUCAAUAAAAUACUAAAUUAU